GUCCCGGCGGAGGGUGGCGGUGAAUCCUCCCGGCCGCUCACAGCAGUGUGGAGCCGCUUCCCCCCCUACCCCCCUCCUCCCUCCCUCCCCCCCGGCCUCCUCCUCCACCCCACAUACACACCCUCCCCCCCUCCUCCCUCCGGCCCGCCGAUUUAAAGGGGCAGCGGCGCCAACCCAGGGCGGGGGGGGAUCAUGCCGAACUUCUGUGCGGCCCCCAACUGCACCCGCAAGAGCACUCAGUCCGACCUGGCCUUCUUCCGCUUCCCCCGGGACCCGGUCAGUUCAGUGCUAAGCAGUUCCAGUUAGAUGUUCCAAGUCUGUGAGAACAAACCAGUUAUUUAAGACCAGUUUCAAUUAUUGUUGCUGCCUGAGAAAACAAGAAGGGCUGCACAGAUGAGGCUUUGCAAAAGAACCAGCUGCAUUUACUGAAUGGUGUCAAAGAUGGGUAGAGAACUGCCGAAGGGCAGAUUUAGAAGAUAAAACUCCAGAUCAACUGAACAAGCAUUACAGAUUGUGCGCCAAACAUUUUGAGACUUCUAUGAUAUGUAGAAGUAGCCCUUACAGAACAGUGUUACGGGAUAAUGCUGUGCCAACUAUAUUUGAUCUUACAAGUCACCUGAACAAUCCCCACAGCAGGCAUAGGAAAAGGAUAAAAGAGCUGAGUGAAGAUGAAAUAAGAACACUGAAGCAGCAAAAGAUUGAUGAAGCUUUCGAACGGCAACAGGCAACUCAAGAACUGAACGAAAGCAAUGAACAAAAUACUGUCUCAGAGGAAGGAGGGGAAGAACAAGAGGAAGAAGCUGUUCCCUUAACACUGGAAGAAAGAGAAAACAAAGAUUACCUUAAGUCUUUGUUUGAAAUUUUGAUCCUAAUGGGUAAACAGAAUAUUCCUUUGGAUGGCCAUGGUGUCGAUGAGCUGCCAGAAGGUAUUUUUACUUCAGAUAACUUUCAGGCUCUACUGGAAUAUAGAAUAAAUUCAGGAGAUGAAGUUCUGAGGAAACGAUUCGAGAUGACUGCAGUCAAUCUUGAGUAUUGUUCAAAAACUCAGCAGAAACAAAUGCUUGAGAUCUGUGAAAGCUGCGUUAGAGAAGAGACACUGAGGGAAGUAAGAGACUCGCACUUCUUUUCUAUAGUCACUGAUGAAGUAGUAGACAUAGCGGGAGAGGAACACUUGCCGGUUUUGGUGAGAUUUGUUGAUGAUUCUCAUAAUCUAAGAGAAGAAUUCAUCGGGUUUUUGCCUUACGAGGCUGAUCCUGAAAUUUUAGCUGUCAAGUUCCACACAACUAUUACUGAGAAGUGGGGUCUAAACAUGGAGUACUGUCGAGGUCAAGCCUACAUCGUCUCCAGUGGGUUUGCUUCUAAAAUGAAAGUUGUGGCUACAAGACUCUUAGAAAAGUAUCCCCAAGCUGUGUAUACGCUGUGUUCCUCUUGUGCCUUAAAUAUUUGGCUAGCUAAAUCCGUUCCUGUUGUUGGCGUUUCCAUUGCGUUAGGAACAAUCGAAGAAGUUUGCUGUCUUUUUAAUCAGUUUCCACAAUUACUGGUAGAACUGGACAACACAAUUUCUGUUCUUUUUCAAAACAAUGAGGUGAAGGGUAAUGAGCUGAAGGAAAUCUGCCGGUCUCAGUGGACGGGCAGGCAUGAUACUUUCGAGGUUUUAGUGGACCUCAUACAAGCAUUGGUGUUGUGCUUGGAUGCCGUAUGUAGUGACUCAUCCGUCAGGUGGAACAACUUUAUUGCCGGUCGAGCGUUUGUACUUUCAAGUGCGUUAACAGAUUUUGACUUCAUUGUCACUAUCGUGAUUCUGAAAAAUGCUCUGUCUUUUACGAGAGCAUUCGGAAAAAAUCUCCAGGGACAAACAUCAGAUGUGUUCUUUGCAGCUGGCAGCUUAACAGCGGUGUUGCAUUCUCUGAAUGAAGUGAUGGAGAACAUUGAGGUUUACCAUGAAUUUUGGUUUGAGGAAGCAACAAAUCUGGCUACAAAACUGGAUGUACAAGUUAAACUCCCAGGAAAAUUUCGCAGGGCACAACAGGGGAGCUUGGACUCUGAGAUAACGUCAGAAAAUUACUACAAAGAAAUCCUUAGCGUCCCCACAAUAGAGCAUAUAAUCCAAGAAUUAAAAGAUAUCUUCUCAGAACAACAUUUAAAAGCUCUUAAGUGUUUAUCCUUGGUGCCCUCAGUCAUGGGACAGCUCAAAUUCAAUACGUCUGAGGAGCAUCACGCAGACAUGUACAAAAAUGACUUGCCUAAUCCAGACACGCUUUCUGCUGAGCUUCAUUGUUGGAGAAUCAAGUGGAAGCACAGAGGAAAAGAUAUUGAACUUCCAGCCACUAUUUAUGAAGCACUUCACUUGCCUGACAUUAAGUUUUUCCCUAAUGUUUAUGCGUUACUAAAAGUCCUGUGCAUACUUCCAGUGAUGAAGGUGGAGAAUGAGAAAUAUGAAAUGGGACGAAAGCGCUUAAAGGCAUAUCUGAAAAACACCUUGACAGAGCAAAGGUCGAGCAACCUGGCUUUGCUAAACAUAAACUUUGAUAUAAAACAUGACUUGGAUUUAAUGGUGGACACCUAUAUUAAACUUUAUCCGGAAAAAGUGGAAUUUCAAGAAGACUUUAUUCCCUCAAACAACUCUGAAGUGACAGAAGAUGCUUAAUUUUUUAAGCUCUAACCAAUCUGUUGAAACAGCUUUUUCUUAGCUGAGUUUCAAUGCUGAGGGGAAAAAAAAUGUGAAAUCUAAAGCAAAAAUCACUGCAAUUGCCUUUUAGGUCUCAGACUGAAGAAGCUGCGGUCAGUGACUCAAAUUAUGUUUUGUUAGUCUGCAUUAAAUGUGUUAUGCGAACAGAACCAAGCCUGAAAAUAAGCCCAUGCUCUUGGCAGAGGUGAUUUCUACAUCUAAUUGACUUAACUAGGUGCUCGUUUAUUUUAUUGCAUCUUGGAAAAAGUACAUUUUGAUUGUAGAUCCAAUGGGGCUGUUACUUAUUCGCUCAUGAAUUAGGAUAAGAAAAAAAAACCUCAGAAUGUUAAAGAAUAAUAUAAUCCAGUUCUGUAAUAGGUUAUUAUUAUUGAAAACCUUUUUAAAAAAGUCUUUGUAUAUUUAAUUGGGAUUUUGGAGAGCGGAUUCAGCUGUUGCACAAUCCUUGUGCUGUGGACUGUUCUCGGUGUAAAGUGAAUGUUAGUGGUAUAGAGGUACGUUUAUGGUUUCAUUGGAAGAGUCAACCUCUUUAAUCUCUCAAUGACUGUUUACAUUCCUUUGUGUGAGACACAAAACUUCCUUUUCUUUAGGCUUUUAACAGGCAUGGCAGGAAUACUGAAAUUCCUUAAAAGACACUAAAAACUCAGAAGUUAUUCCACAAAUGUUUAAAUCUGUUCGUUCUCUCCUGACUCUGACACAACCCCGUGCAUCUUAUUGUCUGUUUAUUUGUAAACUCGCCCAGGAAAGAUUAAAGUAAGAGUUUGUUGUUUGUCUAGACGUCAGAUUAAAAAUAUUGCUGUUAUUUUUUGCAAGAAUAAAACAUUUUUUGUACAGUUUAUUGCAAUUUAAAAUAAAAUGUGAAUUGCUUUUUA